AUGAGCCUCAACAGAAAGCGCAAUGGACCAACAUUACAAUCCUCCGGCAAAAGACUGGCUAAAAGAACCGCUACUUUGGCAAAAAACACAGAAAAAAAGUUCAUCCUAGGAAUCGAUUUCGGAACUACAUUUACUUCCGUGUCCUAUUUCUCCCAUCCUAUCAACGAACAAUAUCCUAGAGCUGCUCCUAGUGAACUGCGGAGCAUUACAAAUUGGCCAGAUGAUUUGGCUUGCAGUGAGUCAAACGGAACCCGGCCUCAAGUGCCCACUGAAACGAAUCAACAAUACAAAGAGAACAUCUCCAGAGACCCUAAAUCUAGGGUUAAGCGAUCCAAGUUGCGACUAGUCCAAACGCCUUACACACUAGACGAUCGUGUCGAGUUGCUCGAAAUCAUAGAGGGCCUAAUUCAUGAUAAACUCAUUCGUAAACAUGGCUCAAAAUAUUCCCCCGAUACAAGGGAUGUGCUGGAUAUCUUCACGGACUUUCUUGUGAAAGUUCUACAACAUACCAAAAAGCAACUCAUCCAACUAAAUAACUUUUCCGAUGGCUCUGUUGUUGAAUUCGCCUUGACUGUACCAACAAUAUGGAGCCCAAAUGCGUCUCGAAUACUUCAAACUGCGUUACAGACCGCAGCACGAGCUGUCAAAUUUGGAGAUACUUCAGAUGCUAUUGUACCUUACAUUGUGUCGGAGCCGGAAGCGGCCGCAACCUAUAUGCUGGCGGGUACUAACUCGGUUCAUCUAGGAGAAACGUUCAUUAUUGCAGAUUGCGGGGGAGGAACUUGCGAUAUUGUCACAUAUGAGAUUGGCACAAAGCAUCCCCUUAGACUAAGUGAAGAAAAGGUCACACCAGGGGGUGACAAUUGUGGUGGUAGUUAUUUGAAUGAGAAUUACAAACAAAUGCUCCUAGAUAGGUUACAAGAUGAAACCUAUCUACUUGACAACUUACCCGCUGGUGAAUCCUUGGAGUCUAUCGUCAAUCGUUUCAUACCAACCUUUGAAAAUGAUUUUAAGAGACGCAAAGAUGUCACUGCUUCCUUUAGUCUGAAAACCCGUCUUUAUCUCCCUGGUCUGAAACACAGUGCAGAGAAAAGACAAGAUUGGGAAGAGGUUUUCAAUCCCCUCUUGGAGCGUGUAAAGAAUUUGUUACAAGCUCAAUUAUCUGCUACAUUCCAGAAGGGUCUAAAAGUCAAGGCAAUAACAACAACGAUGGUGACUUUGGAUAUUCGUGAGUUCAACCUGAUGAUUGCGGAUAUUAGGGCUUGGCAACUAACUCGGGCACUGGAUAGAGUUACAGCAGUAUCCUGCAGUGCUGUCUUAGCUACUCUUAACAAAGCAAACGGCCCAGCACGGAUGGCUGAAUCUAGCUACGGAUUUUUCCGUAGAGAGCCUUACCAACUUUCGUUCACUCAUGGGUUUGAAGGACACAGGGACUCCACGUUUCAACGAGAUCGUGAACGAUGCCCUGUUGAUGGUGAGGAAUAUGUUCAUGUCAUUAACUAUUUUGUUACCAAGCUUGAAAUUUUCGCUGAAUUGAAUGGUAUGCUAUUGGAGUAUUAUGCUACAUAUUUCACGGAAACCGGUUCAACAACUGCGAGCAAAGGUCAGGUUUGUGUUGCUGCUGCUUUUGCGCCGGGGUGUGCGUGA